CUCUUCCUCUCUCUUCCCUUUACAUCCAUCUCCGCAGGCGCAGAGCCCUCCCGUUCCACACUUCCACUUCACUCCGCCGCCCGGAUUCAGAGCAAGAGGAGCCAGAGGCAGAGGCAGGCAUGGCGGCGAUGCUGGUGGGCGCGCUGCGGAGGGGAAGUGGAUGCCACGGCGGCUCGCGCCUCCUCGCCCAGUCGCUUCGCAGAUUCGUGAGCACGCUGGUCGUAGCGGAGCAUGAAGGCGGGUUCGUCAAGCCGUCGUCGCUGAGCGCAUUGGCAGCUGCAGAGGCGAUUGCCAAGGAGAACAAAAUCUCCGUCCUGCUGGGUGGUUCCGGGCCGUCGCUUCACAAGGCUGCCGACCAUGCCGCGUCCAGCCAUCCACUGGUGUCUGAGGUGCUCGUGGCCGAUUCGGAAGCCUUGGCGCAUCCUCUGGCUGAACCCUGGGCCGACCUACUCCGUUCUGUUCAGCAGAAAGGAGGCUACUCUCAUGUCAUAGCUUCGUCCACGUCUUUCGGGAAGAAUUUGCUUCCACGUGCUGCGGCUCUUCUUGAUGUCUCCCCUGUUACUGAUGUCACUGCUGUAAAGGAGCCACGGGUCUUUGUGAGGCCGAUUUAUGCUGGGAAUGCACUUUGUACUGUGAAAUAUACUGGAGAGGAUCCUUGCAUGAUGAGUAUUAGAUCAACUUCAUUUUCCCCAACUACUGAGGCUAUGUCUGAAACAAAGGUUGCACCUAUCACCCAGGUUGAUCUCUCUUUCCUCAGUGAAGGGAAAUCUUCAUGGGUGAAUCUGACAUCCCAAGACACAGAGCGGCCUGAUCUUGCAAAUGCACGUGUAGUAGUCACUGGAGGCAGAGGUUUAAAAAGUGCUGAAAAUUUUAAAUUGUUAGAGCAGCUUGCUGAGAAACUUGGCGCAGCAGUGGGUGCGACUAGGGCUGCUGUUGAUGCAGGUUAUGUUCCAAAUGACCUUCAGGUUGGGCAGACAGGGAAAAUUGUCGCACCGGAGCUUUAUAUGGCUUUUGGAGUAUCCGGAGCAAUACAACACUUGGCAGGAAUGAGAGACUCGAAGGUUAUUGUGGCUGUCAAUAAAGAUGCUGAUGCCCCCAUAUUUCAGGUUGCAGAUUACGGACUGGUUGCUGAUCUGUUCGAGGUUCUGGAUGAGUUAUUGAAGAAGAUCCCAGAGAAGAAAUAAGUGACCGUUAUAGUUCUGUACUCUUGCAUGUUCAUUUGCCUAUGUGGCCCUAAUAAGAUGAAAUCAUCUCACGAUGUCAAUCCCAUAAUAUGUGGAAUGGUUUAUCUUUUGGUCAAGGCCUGAAGGCUUUCUGAGGAACCGGCAGGGAAGAUCCCUACCUAUUAUGAAGGGAUAAACUCGCUGCCCUGACACCCAUUUCGAAGUAAAUUGGCUGCUUACCCUUGGCCCC